CCCCAAGAUGGCGGACACAAUGAGGAGGAGCCGCCGCGCUGCCGCCUGAGCGGGCCCGGCCCCGCCGCUCCCCGCGUUGCCCUGCCCGCGCUUAGCCCGCUGCCUCUCCCCGUUCUCCGCUGAGCCUCGUUGAGCCGCCAGGCCCGUUUUUGCUUUUCCUCGCCUCGUCUUCCCGUGCCCCGGGCCCACCUUGCCUUUCCCGGCCCGCUCGGCGGCCCCGCCCGCCCGCCCUCAGCGCGGCCGCCCCUGAGCGCGGCUCGGCCCGGCGGCAUGAAGCUGACGGACAACGUCCUGCGGAGCUUCCGCGUGGCCAAGGUGUUCCGCGAGAACUCGGACAAGAUCAACUGCUUCGACUUCAGCCCCAAUGGUGAGACCGUCAUUUCCAGCAGCGACGACGAUUCCAUCGUGCUGUACGACUGCCAGGAGGGCAAACCGAAGAGAACGCUGUACAGUAAGAAGUAUGGAGUGGACCUCAUCAGAUACACACAUGCAGCCAACACAGUCGUGUACAGCUCCAACAAGAUAGAUGAUACGAUCCGAUACCUCUCACUGCAUGACAACAAAUACAUUCGCUAUUUUCCUGGGCACACCAAAAGAGUGGUAGCCCUUUCAAUGUCUCCAGUGGAUGAUACUUUUAUUUCUGGAUCCCUUGAUAAAACUAUUCGACUCUGGGAUCUUCGCUCUCCGAAUUGUCAGGGCUUAAUGCAUCUCCAGGGGAAACCAGUGUGCUCUUUUGACCCAGAAGGGUUGAUUUUUGCUGCUGGAGUCAAUUCUGAAAUGGUGAAGCUUUAUGAUCUCCGCUCUUUUGACAAGGGGCCAUUUGCUACAUUUAAGAUGCAGUAUGACCGCACAUGUGAGUGGACGGGCCUGAAGUUCAGUAACGAUGGCAAACUCAUCCUUAUAUCAACUAAUGGAGGAUUCAUUCGACUGAUUGAUGCUUUUAAAGGAGCUGUCCUGCAUACAUUUGGGGGAUAUAACAAUAGCAAGGCUGUCACACUGGAGGCGUCGUUCACACCAGACUCUCAGUUCAUCAUGAUAGGAUCAGAGGAUGGGAAGAUUCACGUUUGGAACGGGGAAAGUGGGAUGAAAGUGGCAGUACUGGAUGGGAAACACACAGGUCCUAUAACAUGUCUGCAGUUCAACCCCAAAUUCAUGACUUUCGCUAGCGCAUGUUCAAAUAUGGCCUUCUGGUUGCCGACUAUUGAUGACUAAUUCCUACACUGCAGCUACUGUCAGAUGAUUUUCCACACUGCUAGCAGCAGUAUAUUCUUGCAAGGAUAGCAUUGGAAUUGCCUACAUCUUCUAGACUCUGAUCCCAUUCCUGUAUAUGUUUCCAUAUGUCUUACCUUAUUGGCUGCAUUCCUCUCCAAGGACUCUUUCACUUGACCUCCUAGCAUGUUCAGAAGUGACAUACAACACUUCCUUACCUUGCAGACCAUGCCCAGCAGGCUUCAGCUGAAGUUGAAACUGGCACAGUAUUAUGAAAGUGGGGAGUCUGCUUUAUUUACAGAAUGCUUGUGGCAGUUUUUAAGCUGUAAUUUUGUAUUCUCCUUCUUUAAGUGCAUAAUACAAUUGAUGUUCCAAGGUGGAACAUGCAGUUCCUUCCCACAAGUGCAUGUUUUUCACAUCUGGGAUCUCUGUUUCACUGGAGUCCACGGAUGGAAAUUACUUCUGUGCCAAAUGUGAACACUGAGAGAUUUCAACUCAAAGAACAGAUGCUGGAGUCUCUUGCACACAUUGCUGAAAGAGUGGGUGACUGUACAUUUACAUCAUGCAUCCUAUCAUCCUUUUUUGGCAAUUUAGUGUGCAACAAACCAUACACAUCUUUGACACUGCCAGAGCUUUAAGAAGCCUCCCUGCUGUUUGCUCUGCCAGCAUCCCAAAGGGUGCGCACAGUGCUGAAGUCUGGUCUGUGUCCCAAGCAAUAAAGGAGUCUGUCAGCAGGAAGAUGGGGAAACCAAACUGGGACUGAAAGCACAGUAUGCCUCUGUAUCUUCCUAAUGUAUCAUCUUGGCUGAUUUUUGUAAAUAUUUUUGGGGGGCAGUGGGAAUGGGCCAUAUUUUUUUACUUUUAGAUAUUAAAGAAUGUGAUGUGGGCCAGUGUUGUGGGAUGUCAAAGCUGUUCACUUUCACCAAUGCAGUUUUCCCCUCCUGGUUUGUAAAUAAGCUCUGUUAAGUGCUUUGCAGACUGGGGUUAGACUGUAUCGCUUGGUUGAUGCAACAACAUGCACAGUUGGUUUGUUAUUUCAUACACUGUGCACUUGUUACUGGGUGUACAGGUUUUCAGCAGUGGCAACCCAAAAAGAGCGAUGCUUCGUUUGCCAGAUGGAAUUGCAUUGAAAGUAAAGCUUAACAUGCUUUUGCUGGCUUUGUUCUGCUGUGGCCCUGUUCCAAGGACCACCCCCACAGAGAUGGGAGGGACAUGCUCUCCUACUCCAGCGGGGCUUGCUGGCAAAUUCUAGUCUUCAAGUCUGGUUCCAGGUUCUUUCUCCUGUGAUGUUGAUUGAUUAGAUACAUCCAGUGGUCAGCCACGAUGGGCUCAGAGUAAAUGUGGCAUUUAUUGUAUUCUUACCUUUCUAAAUGUGCUUGGUGUUAUAUGCUGGGCCAUGGCCUUGAAAGUCUAUUCUUCCCUUCUGAAUGUAAAAUGCUGGUGAGCAUGGAGCAAAGGGAGCAGCAGACCAAUGCUGCUGAUUUCACCAAACCUUUCUGCUGUUAGAGCUGCAGUUGAGAGAUUCAUACUACUACACCAGCAUCCCUCUUCCCAGUGAGUACUGUCUCACCAGCACCUAUAAACACCAAGGACAAAGGGAGGUGGAUAUCUCAGACCUUAUGCUCCGACUGGGUUUUCAUCGCCGUCUCUUAAGCUCAGUGUUGUUGCAUUUCAGGCUGCUCGGUGCUAUUUUACCUUCCUCAGUGUUUCUGUAAGCAGCCAUCUUUUGCAGUGGUUUGUAACAUACAGCCCCUUGGGGGUCUUUAGCACAUUUGAACAGUCUGCUUUUACAUUCGGUAGCAAAUGGUUUUAAACUCUGUUGCCUUAGAGAAUGGAUACCCACCCAGAUGUUUUUUUCCUGUUAUUUUUUUAUAGGGAGAGGCAUUUGGAAGUCUUUUAUUCUAAAAAUGUUCUUUGUUGACGUGGCUUGAGUGCUUGUUUAAAAACAGUUAUUCAGUUCUC